AUGGCUGAUUUUCACGGCAAGUUAGCAAUCAUCACCGGAGCCGCCAAGGAGAGCGGCAUCGGUUUUGCUACAGCAUGGCUCCUGGCGGAGAAAGGCGCCGACGUCGUGCUGCACUACAACACCAAUCAAGCUGCCGCCGAGGCAAGCGUUGCCAAGAUCCGCACUCUGGGCGUCACGGCUAUAGCCGUGCAGGCUGAUGCAACAAGCCCGGAGUUUGGGAGAACCAUCGUCAAGGCAUUUGAAGAGGCCUUCCCCGGCCGAAACAUCGACAUCAUUGUCAACAACGCCGGAUACGCUGCGUUCUCUCCGUCCGUGACAUCUUUCACGCUCAAGGAGUUUGACGACUCGUUCCACGCCAACGUGCGAGGCCCGCUCUUGUUGCUCGAGGCGGCUCUGCCCCAUCUGGCAUCUCCAGGCGGCCGCAUCAUCAACAUAGGCACGGUCGUCGCAAGACUUGGGUCCAAGUUCGCGGGAAUCUAUGCUGGGAGCAAAGCAGCCUUGAACGCAAUGACCCUGGGCUGGGCGGAGGAAUUGGGCGAACGAGGCAUUACGGUCAAUGUUGUGGCGCCCGGCCCGAUCGGCACUGAUCUCGCGCCGCCCGAGGAACAUGAUCUCAUCCAGAAGUUCCGUGCUAUCCAGCAUCUGAAGCGAAACGGCACUGCAAAGGAGGUCGCUGAGAUCAUUGCGUUUCUGGCCAGUGCAGGAAGUGCUUUCGUUACCGGACAGGUUAUUGGUGUUGAUGGAGGUCUAAGCUAUGUUUGA